GUGAUGCUGCUUGAUAGAAAACGAGUUCAGGUAUACGGCAAUGGACAUUGACCUCAUCAGUGUUUAGUACAAAACUACGGAGAUACAACUCAUUAACAAACUAUACGCUGGUUAUAUACCUACUUACGUCAAUGUGCUACCAAAUUAAGGGUUAUUAAUAUGAAGCCGAUAUUGUACAAAGCUGACCCCAGUCCUCCGGCCAGAGCUGUGAUGAUGGUCAUUGAUAUAUUGGGACUGGAUGUCGAGCAGAGGACUUUGAAUCCAGUGUUACGGGAGCAAGAUGUUCCUGAACUAAAGAAGAAAAAUCCGAUGAGAACUAUACCAAUACUAGACGAGGGAGACUUUUGGCUUGCUGACAGCCAUGCAAUAAUGAUAUACCUUUUGGAUAAAUAUGGAAAACCUGAACAUUCGCAACUGUAUCCUACUGACAGCAGAAAGCGAGCGACAGUUCAUCAAAGACUAUUCUUUGACUGUGGAGUUUUAUUUCAAAGACUGAGGACUGUUAUGGCUCCUACCUACAUGGGAAGACUGGAAGAGAUGUCCAAAAGCAUGGUGAGGAACAUAGUCGACGCAUAUUCAAUUCUUGAAGACUAUUUAAGCGAAAACUUGUAUAUGGCGGACAAUGUAAUUACUAUUGCGGAUUUAAGCAUUGUCUCAACUAUGGCAACACUGGUUAAAUUAGUUCCUAUCGAUGAAAAGAGAUUCCCUAAACUAAAACGAUGGUACAAGAAUAUGAGUGACAAGGAUUACUGUAAAAGGAUUAACACUCCCGGUGGUAAAGAACAUGCAGAUGGACUGAUAGCUUUGAUGAAAUUCAAUAAAUCUAAUAAGAAAUCAAAAUUGUAAGACAAUGACUUAAGAGACUAAAUUUAAGAUGAGAUGUUUAUGUGAUCUCGACUCAGCCUGAGUGCUACGGUGUUUUAAAUUGGUGAAACGUGAUAUAUAACUUAAAAAUUAUGGACAUGAGUAAAAAAAUAUAAAUUCAUAAAUUGUAUAUUUUGUAUCAUUAAAAUUAAAUUAACCAGCUAUGUAUAUUACAAGGUCGAAAGCAGGGUCAAACAAAAUACAGUAUAAGAAUCACA